AUCAAAACACAAGGCAGGACGAGUCCUUGCAGUAUGUUUUGCUCCUAUUGGUAAAUGUUUUGCUGUUUUGUGUUGCUGCGUAUGUUGUCCUUUUGCGUGCUGCAAGGGGUUAUGGGACGCAUUUAUCUAUGGUCCCAAGAAAUAUCGAAAUCAACAAUUAUUUUCACAAAACCACGAAAAAUUUGAUUUUCAAAUUGGAGAUGUGCUUGAAGAUAAAGAAAGACAGAUUGUUUUGUUGGAGAAGGACGUAAAAAAUGGAGACAUAGAGCUGAAAAGACUACGUCAAAUCCACCCAACAACUUCAAUAGCAAAAGAAACUCAGACUGUGUUCUCUAUGGGCAACGAUGACGUCAAUCAUAUGAAUGACGCACAAUAUUUAAAUGAGGGAUUCAUGGAUAGCUGUGAGAAUAAGCGUUGCGUAUUAGAAAAACAGAAAGUCAGUCAGUAUAAAGUCUUUCAUCGUAAAUUAGAUUUCUCUCAUGUUGGCAGUAAGGUUGACAGUGGACUCGACAGAAGAUUUAGCAAAAGAGACAGUUUACCGUUGUUAGAAGAUAGUCAAAGACGUGAAUCUUCUGAUUCUCAGAUAUUCUUACUUCAAAAAACUUUAUCAGAGAGAGAUAAAGAGCUUGCAAAACUCAAGGCUCAACUAGCCAAACAACAUGAAUUGCCAAAUGAAGACGUGUCUAGUAAAACUAAACGUUUGACAAGUGUAAAUGAGGAACCUGGCUCAACAGGAGUUAACAAUGUAAACAAAAUUGCCAUAACAAUAGAAAGCUUUGAUUUUGACAACGAUCUAAAAAUUAAUGCUGAUGAUUUAAGUGAAGAAAUUAAUAAAAGAGAAAGUCCCAAUCCGGAGGAAAAUAUAAAGAAUGAAGAAGAAAAAAUGGGGGUAUUACAGGAUCAAGCAAAACUUAAAGAUAACAAAGAAAAUAGAAAUGAAGUAAUAGUGAACACAAGUAAGCAAGAAGUUACAAAAGAUAACGAAACGCAAUUUUCAAAUAAUGUUGAAAGCAUUCCUCAGGUUGAUGUUUCAAGUUUCAAAACAGAGAAAGUCGAAAAUGAAGAGAAAAACGGCGAAAAAUCUGUUAGCAAUGCAAUACAGAGAAGUGAUCUUCCAGAUAAAGAAAUGGAAAAUGAUGAAUCAACGCUAUCAACAAACAAAUAUGAAUCAAAGAGUAAAGAUGGCUAUAUUAAGUCCAGAAAUGAUGUGAAGAUAUUUAAUGCACCAACAAAUUGGUCACACGUCAAAUCUCGUAUCUUUGAUAACAACGAAAAUAAUUAAAAGUCAAGCCAGAAAUAAGACGACUUUCAUUCAAAGAUGAUUCAAAACAUGACUCAAAUGUCUCUCCUGUCGAUUACUCUUAUGUGAAGACACGACUAUACGAUACAACUGCAACGUUUAGACGAAAAUCUAAAGUUGGAUUUGAAGAUGAUACAAACACAACCAACUUAAACGAUGACACAAAAAAAAGGAAUGCAGUAAAGAUUUUUAAUUCUUCACAAGAUUACUCUCAUAUCAAGUCUCGAUUGUUUGACUCAAGUCAAAUAAACUCGGAUAAUUUAUUGAAACCUUCAACCAAUAAUCGUCGUAAAUCUAAGAUUGGGAUCGAUGGAGAAAAAGAAUCAAAUGAUUUUACGAAAAGGAGAGAGAGUGAAAAUGCCUUAAAACUGUCACCAAGCAACAGGCGAAAAUCAAAACUUGGUUUCGAUGACGAAAAUGAACAUUUAUCAAGAAGACGAUCUAGUGUAAAAAUUUUUAAUGCACCUGUUGACUACUCUUAUGUCAAAUCUAGAUUAUUCGACGUAGAUGGAUCAACCAACAGAAGAUCAUCUCAAAUUAAUCAACAGAACGGUAUUGUUACAAAAGAUUAUAGCGAAUCAGGUCAAUAAAAUUCCAUAAAAUUCUCGAAAAUGUCAAGAAUAACGCACCAAAAGAAUAGUUAACGUUGUGUUCUCAUAAAUGAUAUUUUUUCACUCGAGUAAACACAAAUAAAAUAAAAAAUAGUUUCAUGAUUAACGAACAUCCAAGUCUACGUUCUGUGAAAACUUGAAAACUGUUUUUAGUUUUUUAAAUUUACAUCAAAGAUUUUAUUUGGUUUUGCACAAACUUUACUGUAUUUUCCAACUUAUGGAAUUAUUUUCAAUUAUCUAUCACAACAACUGGCCAAAAUUUGAACAGUUUUAAUGCUCUUUUAAUUUUAAUGUACAUUAAAAUACAUAUGUAUAAAAUGUAUAAAUGCACUUAUAAUACAUAAAUCAGCACGAAGGUUUUUGAAGGUAACAAGAUUUUACAAAGUUCAAAUUGAAAA